CUAUAAACACUCAUUAAACAAGCCAUUCAGGAUCAGCAGCAGAUCAUCUCACUUUAUGCUGAAUAUUUGCUGAUCUGCUCCUCCUUCAGUGAAGCUCCUCCCACAACAAUCACACCUUCAGUGAAGCUCCUCCCACUGCAGUUCAGGAAUAAAUGCUGGAAUAUUCCCAUCAGUCUACAAGUGAAGACGAGCAUCAGAGCAUCAGGAAGAAGUGAAAUCUGCAGAGACAGAGUUUAUUGAAGGACAGAGAGAACAUGAGAGAUCCAGAACCCUGCAGAAUGAAACACACUGAAGAACAAACAGGUCUAAAGGAGGAGAAAAAACAUCAUGUCAAAACUGGAGAAAAAACUCUCUUGCCGACUGAAAGUAUUUCUUUAUUGAAAAGAAGAGACAAGAAAAGGUUCACCUGCACUCAGUGUGGAAAGAGUUUCACAAACAAACAGAAUCUCAAUGUUCACAUGAGGAUCCACACUGGAGAGAAACCAUUCACAUGUGAUCAGUGUGAGAAGAGAUUUACACAAUCAUCAAACCUUAAGGACCACAUGAUCAUCCACACUGGAGAGAAACUGCAUGAAUGUGAUCAAUGUGGAAAAACUUUUUCACGGGCUUCAAACCUGAAGGAGCACCUGAGAGUUCAUACGAAGGAGAAACCACAUUCAUGUUCUUUCUGUGGAAAGAUUUUUUCGCAACUACAGAGUUUAAAAGUUCAUCAGAAGAUACACACUGGUGUGAGAGAUCAUAUGUGCUUUGAGUGUGAGAAGACGUUUAUUACAGCUGGUCAGUUAAAACGGCACCAGAUGAUCCACACUGGAGAGAAACCUUACAAGUGUUCACACUGCGACAAGAGAUUCAAUCAGUCAGGAGAUCUGAAAUCACAUGAGAGGAUUCACACUGGAGAGAAACCGUAUCACUGCACUGCAUGCGGGAAGAGUUUCGCUCAUUCUUCUUCUCUACGCAUGCAUAAAAUAAACAAUCACAUUAAGUAGUUUAUCUUCAGGUCUACUGCUUUCAAUGUUACACCACAUCUCUUCCAUAUUAAUCUGUCAUAAGAAACAUCAUCUAAUUUAGUCACAGUGAAUAAAGUUCAUCUUCAAGACCAGCAAAGUUUCAUCUGUGAGAUUCAGAUCAACUCAAAGAUGGAGUUCCUCCCCUAAGAACAAUAUCUAAAGUUGUAUUAUUGUGUAAAAUUUUUCUAUAUGAUAUAAAUUAUAUUGUUAUUCUUCAUUACAAGUAUCGUUUUAUGUUCAAAAUGUUCUUAAAUUCAUAUUUG